AUGUCUGCUAAGUUUGACUUUGUCGUUGUUGGAGCGGGUCCAGCUGGCUGUUUGAUAGCGAGCAAGCUCGCCGCCUCUGCUGCACGUCCAACUGUCGCGCUUAUCGAGGCCGGAUCCGAAUCGACCGCCUCCCCGUUGACGGCUAAACGAUUUCAAGUUCUAGCCGAGAGUCCAGAACAUGAUUAUGGCUAUACGACAACGACCCAGUCGUCGCUUGGCGGUCGAGAGAUCACCCUGAAUCGGGGCAAAGGGCUGGGUGGAUCGACACUCAUCAACUUCCAAGUAUGGCAAAUCGGCGCGCGGGACGAGUUUGAAGAGUGGGCAAGGCUCGUUGGCGACGAUGACUGGAAGUUUGAUCAAGUCUUGAAGCGGCUCCAGCAGCUCGAAGAAUAUGACGAUCAAGUCGGGCCAGAUUGGAAAACCUUCAACAACCCAGAUCCUAAUACCCAUGGCAAAUCAGGCGUUGGGCCCGUCGAGGACGAGUCUCAAUGGCUUAUUAAAGCAGCCAUAGAACGGGGGGUAUGGCCCGAGUUAGACAACCACAAUAAAUCUUUCGAUCUCAAUAAUGGCGAUCUCAUUGGCUGGUCAUUCAUUGCCUCUUCUACCAAAGAUGCCACACGUGUGACAGGCGCCACUGCGUUCCUGGCCAAUGAUCAAAGACCAGACAACUUGACCAUUCUCACAGAAACCCGCAUCGUGAAGAUUAUGUUCGCAGGCAACCGUGCUGUUGGCGUGGUCAAAGAGGAUGGAACUAAGAUCGAGGCUAUAAAAGAAGUAGUUCUUUGCGCCGGAUCCAUAGAUAGCCCACGUCUUCUUCAACUCUCUGGUGUGGGUUCACAAACAGAUCUCGACGCUCUUGGUAUCCCUGUCGUCAAAAAUCUCCAACACGUCGGCAAAAAUCUUUCUGACCAUUACGUCUCGUUCCUGUCCUUUUCAACCAAGAAAGAGUACUCGCAGCGCGCAUACGUGGAGAGAAACUUUGCACAAGCUGCCGAACAGUAUGCCAAGGACAAAACUGGACCCCUGGCUAUAUACCAGGCGUCAAUCCCCUGUGGAUACAUGCAGGAUGUUCCAGGUUUUGACAGCCCCGAGUUUAAGUGUCUCCUCGCAGAUGCCCGUGAGCUCUUAGUCAAGAAGACAGUCCCCAGCUACGAGAUUAUUGUAAGUCGAUCGAUACAAUCGGGUCCUCUCGUGCCCCCUAAUUAUAUAUGCCAGGAAGACGAGAGUUACUGCACACUCUUUAUCGUGCCCACCAGGCCUCAGUCCACUGGUUCGGUUAAACUUGCGUCUUCAAAUCCCAAGGAGGCGCCGUUAAUUAAUCCCAACUAUUUGGAUGUUCCAUACGACUCUGUAGUGCUGCGCAAUGCUAUUCGUGAAGGGUUGGCGUUGUGGAAGACGGAAACCUUGAAGCCGUUUUAUGUCAAGGAUAUCUUGGCCCCACCAUCGGAGAGUGAUGAGGAUAUUGAUGCCUAUAUCAGAGCUGCUGGCGGUUCGUUAUGGCAUCCAUGCUGCACUGUGAGAAUGGGCAAGUCGGAACAAGAAAGCUGUGUCGACAACAACUUCAGGGUUCAUGGCCUUGAGGGUCUGCGUGUGGCUGAUGCUAGUGUAUUUCCAAUUUUACCAUCUGGACAUACGCAAGCUCCUGCAUACCUUGUUGGCCAGUACGCGUUCGAAAAGCUAUCUCGCGAGUACAAUCUGUAG